AGCCUCCCGACCCGCCGAUCGGCCGAGGCUUUCGCGUCGGGCUCCCGUCGAGCCUUCGCGUCCGUGUCCCCUGCGCCCCGCCGCUGCCACCCCAAACUUUGGCCAGCACCGCCCGGGCUCCGCGCCAGGGACGAGCCAGGGCCUCCGGGUCCCACGCGGAGGCAACGCGCAGCCGGGCUCACCGGGUCGCGCGCUCUGGCCUGGCGCUGCGAAUGCGAGGUGGGUCAGGGCGCUCACUGCACACCCGUCGUGGCCCGAGAGCCUCGGAUCAAGACCAGUUGACACAGACCUUCCCUCUUUAAGGAGCGAGGAAUUUUCAAGAUGAAUUAUACCAAGUCCAGCCCAUUGGCAGAAUCAACUGCAAUAGGUUUUACACCUGAGUUAGAAACUAUCCUACCUGUGCCUUCCAAUGAGACCACUUGUGAAAACUGGAAAGAGAUACAUCAUCUAGUUUUUCAUGUAGCAAAUAUUUUUUUUGCAAUUGGGUUGGUUAUUCCAACUACUCUUCACCUUCAUAUGAUACUUCUUAGGGGGAUGUUAACUAUAGGAUGUACCCUUUACAUCGUCUGGGCCACUCUCUACCGAUGUGCCUUGGAUAUCAUGAUCUGGAACUCGGUGUUCCUGGGGAUCAACAUUUUGCAUCUUUCAUAUCUUUUGUACAAGAAAAGACCGGUAAAAAUCGAAAAGGAACUCAAAAGCAUCUACCAUCGAUUGUUUGAACCACUCCGUGUGCCUCCAGAUUUGUUCAAAAGAUUAACUGGACAGUUUUGCAUGAUCCAGACAUUGAAAAAGGGCGAGACCUAUGCUGCAGAGGAUAUAACCUCAGUUGACGACCGUCUGAGUAUUCUCCUGAAGGGAAGAAUGAAGGUCUCCUAUCGAGGACACUUUCUGCAUAAUAUUUACCCCUGUGCCUUUAUAGAUUCUCCUGAAUUUAGAUCAACCCAGAUGCACAAAGGUGAAAAAUUCCAGCUUCCUCCACUAGAAUGUAGGCUUCAGGACAUCGUGUUCAGCUGUUCUUUGUAUGCAGGAUUCUUGAUGGUCACCAUUAUUGCAGAUGAUAACUGUAGAUUUUUAUGCUGGUCAAGAGAAAGAUUAACUUACUUUCUGGAAUCAGAGCCUUUCCUAUAUGAAAUAUUUAGGUAUCUUAUAGGAAAAGACAUUACAAAUAAGCUCUACUCAUUGAAUGAUCCCACCUUAAAUGAUAAAACGGUUCAAAAGCUGGACCACCAGCUCAGCCUUUGCACACAGCUGUCCAUGCUGGAAAUGAGGAACAGUAUAGUCAGCUCCAGUGAAGAUGAAGACGGCUUACACCAGUUUCUUCGGGGCACCUCCAGUGUUUCCUCUCUUCAUGUGUCACCCCUACACCAGCGAGCCUCUGCGAAGAUGAACCCAAUAGAGGAAGGGGCGGAAAACGAUGACGAGGUCUUUGAACCCGUGUCCUCGAAUACGCUUCAAGUUCGUCGCUGGCCUUGAUCCCAAGAGAGGAUUCACGUUACCAAGAGGGAAACUGUCUGGAAGAGAUCCUGAAAAAUACCAGCACUUUUUCACAGCUUUUCAAUUGUUCUGCUUUAAUAUUGAUACUCCCAGCCUGGGAGAGUCUGAGGGCAGGAAAGGGAGGGAGAUUCAAAACAUGGGAAGGUUAUCUUCUCUUUUUACUGGUCAGCUUUCUGUUCCACUGAGCCUUCUGACUAAACUGAGUGCUAUUUUUGAGAGAUAUAUUUUCACAGUGUUUUCUAGAUAUGUUAUCAUUUAACUUAAAAAAAUCUUAGCGCUUUGUCAUUGCAAAUGCCUUCACUUAUCUUUCCGAGCUGUUCCUUUUCGUCAGAGACAGUUUUUUCUCUGCCGUGGCAAUGGGGCUGUCCGUUUGAUAGUUGUAACAAACAAUGUAAGUUCGAAAUUGAGGCUGAGGUAACAUUAAAAAGCAGGGAACCUCAGGCUUCGCUCAGUUGAUUUUUUGGCCGGAAAAUUUUAAAGAAAGGUGUGAUGCGAUUCAUGUAUAUUUUUCUCUCAGGCCAGACACGUCAUUCUGCUAGACUGCCUUCCUUUUGUGGGCAUUGUGUGGAUAGCUUGAUAAUGAACAAAGCUCGUCAGACUUCGCUCACAUUACCCUUAUAUUAUGCUGUUUGGAAGUUGGGCUGAGCCCUAAAGCUGGAAACGUUAACAGUGGAAGAGGUUCUGAGCCUGGGGCCGGCCUUUGGCUAAACCAGCCCAGCUUGCCCCACACUCUGCUGUGGGAAGCACGUUCCUUGGGGUGGGAGGACCGGAGAGUCAAGUGGCCAAACAAGUAUCGCAGAAUGACGAGGCUGUUGGAGCCGCUGCACUCUUCAGCUGCUAUUCUGACAUGCAGAUGGUUCCUCCAGGUCCAUAGAUGUCUCCUUACUGUGUAUGCCAGGGACCAGGUGCCAGAGAUGCAAAGAAGGACACAGCUGUGUGCGGGCAGAUGGUCCACCACAAGUUCUGCCAUGAUCGCCCGGCCUAGAUAGUGCUGUGAGGGCCUGCAUUCCAGACGUGGUGGUAUUUGGGAAAUUCGAAGUCUGCUUAAAUCAUCCAGCGGGUCAGUGUGACUGUGGCCCUCCACCAGGCCACCUAGUUGGGGGAAGCCCCCUGAUGGGCUGUGCUCCAUCAUGCCCCACUACCUUUAUUUUGUGUCAUCCACUGGAACCAACUCUGAGUCACUCCCAUUAGGUUAAACAGCUAAGAAAAGUUCCAAGUGAAAUUAUUUUCAGGUGAGCUGAGCCAAAAGCAUCUUUUGCCAAGAGGUGAUUUCUGUGAGAGGAGAUAUAAAAAUAAGCUACUCCAGGGUCACCUCAUUUUCCUAAACUCAUUUUUGAAAGCCAGUUAUUUUAGUAAUUUCACUUGAGUCAAAUUUACAUGCUUGGUCACUCACUGAGAAAACUUCCACAGACUGGGUAUCCAGCUCCUAACAUAGUCAUCAAAUGCUGGCCUAUUAGCCUCACAGUAGAAAGGCUGAUUUCACUUUCCCACUCUAGUGGUCUCUUCUGUUUGCUAAAUUAGAAAUUUAUUUGGGGAAAUGAAACAAAGGUGAAUGACUUUGCCUUGGCUUUAAGACUAUAAAGAUAUAAUAGGUUGAACUCUUUCUUUCAAUGCCCGAAUCAAGUAUAUAAGGUAAUGGUGUUAAUACUGCUCUCCUUUAACUAUUGGAGGGAAGCUAUGUAGGCCACUGAGUUUACACAUGCAUAAGACCUAAUUUACAAAAUCACUCUAUAGAGUAAUUAGAUAUUACAUCCUUCUCUGAGUAGAAAGUAAUUUUAGAUGCUGCUAAAGCCAUGUUUUUAAUGUUCUGUGAAUCCACAGAACCUUGAGAUUUUCUUACCCUGACCCAUCUUCAGGUUUGUCUCACUUUGUCAACCACAGACAACAGAGGAUGUUAUCUCUAAUGAUCACCCUGGAUGUGUUUGGAGGUUAUUUUCUAUAGUGCUGGGAACAAACAUGUUUAAAAGCACACUGCUAAAAAUAGGUGAUAUGAAGUCAUUUACUGCUUUUAUUAAAACAUGUGUGCACAUCAGUGCCAUUGAUAAGGAAGAUUAUAAUUUCAAGAUUAGGAAUCUUGGGCUUACCUGGUGGCACAGUGGUUGAGAGUCCGCCUGCCGAUGCAGGGGAGAUGGGUUCGUGCCCCGGUCCGGGAAGAUCCCACAUGCCGCGGAGCGGCUGGGCCUGUGAGCCAUGGCCGCUGAGCCUGCGCGUCCGGAGCCUGUGCUCCGCAACGGGAGAGGCCACAGCAGUGAGAGGCCCGCGUACCGCAAAAAAAAAAAAAAAAAAAAAAGAUU